CUUAGGGCUUUCUAACUGAAAUGGCAAAGCAGCAAGAACAUUCCAACCCCACCCUCCUCUACCCAGGACUCCCCUGAAGACUCAGUCAGCUCCCUGGGCGGGGCUCGAAGUGGGCUAAAGGCUGACCAAGUGAGUCUGGGAAAAUGGGAGUGGGGGAGCAUUCAGAGGUCUAAGUGUACAGCGCUGGCUGCUACAGAGUGAGGCCGGGCUGGAGCUGUUGGGUCCCUUCUCAGGUACAACCUAGUGGACCUUUAAAUAGGAAAAUGGGGCAGGAUGGGGAGGAGUGUUUGAAUGUGAACAGGAGCUGGGACACACAGAUGUGCAUAAAAGUGUGUUCAGUUGUGUAUCCAGGCCAGCAUGCAGACUCCACUCAUGUAUGCGCACAUGAGUGUGUGUCUAGGAGUGUAAACAUACAGAAGUGUACAUACCGGGCAUCCUAGAAACCCAGAAAGUAGUUUGAGUAGGGGGUGAGGAAGGCCCUCCAAACUUGGGUGGAGUGGGGAGGGUGUACCGCCCUUAGGAAAACAGCGGCAUGGGGUCAGGUUACUCAAGAACUGAGCAUCAGAUCUCUCCAGCAGCAGCUGGCCUAUGGAGGGAGUGUCCUAGAAAGCCUUGGGCUUCCCGAGCCACUGGGUGAGGGGUUUCAACUUUCUCAACCGGAGCGGAAGUUUGUCCUCUACUUCCUUCUGUAGCACUUGGCUUCCCUGCUGGCCUCAGGAAUCUGGGUAUUCAUUCCCCAGGCCUGUUCCAGGAAGCCUUCCCCUGUCAACUGUAAGGUGGUCUCUUUGAGGUCCAGAGAUUUCUGGGCUGCGGGUGUCUAGGGCAACCUGAGAUGGUGCUGUCCCAGGAUGGCGUUUUGACAUUCUGCAUACAUUUCUGGCGUGGACGAGAGCCUGGGCGGUGGCUGGGGGCGGCGCAAGGGCGGAAGGCGGCCUCAGAGGCCCCUGGCGGCAGAGAAAGGUGGCCGGCGGCCAGCCCCGCCCCGUCCCCACCUGUGUGUGCUCAGCCAGCGGCCCGCACGCACAGAGGGAUAAAAGGUCGCAGUCUGUCUGAGGUCAGCGAGUUCCCUGCUUCUCCUCGUCCACCCCGUCCAGCUAGCCGCGUCCAGCCGCUAUGUCCAUCCACUUCAGCUCUCGCUCCACCACCUUCCCGGGCCGAGGUGCCCAGAUGCGCCUGAGCUCGGGCCGCACCGGCAGCUUCGGCAGCAGCAGCCUCUAUGGCCUGGGCACCUCUAGGCCGCGCAUGGCGGUGCGCUCCGCUUACGGGAGCCCGGUGGGCGCUGGCAUCCGAGAGAUCACUAUCAAUCAGAACUUGCUGGCACCGCUGAGGGUCGACAUCGACCCCACCAUCCAGCAGGUGCGCCAGGAGGAACGUGAGCAGAUCAAGACCCUCAACAACAAAUUUGCCUCCUUCAUCGACAAGGUACGCUUCCUGGAGCAGCAGAACAAGAUGCUGGAGACCAAGUGGGCCCUGCUGCAGGAACAGAAGUCAGCCAAGAGCAGCCAGCUUCCCCGGAUCUUUGAGACCCAGAUUGCGGGGCUGCGGCAGCAGCUUGAGGCGCUGCAGCUGGAUGGGGGCCGCCUGGAGGCUGAACUGCGAAGCGUGCAGGAUGUGGUGGAAGAGUACAAGAAUAAGUAUGAAGAGGAAAUCAAUGGGCGCACGGCUGCUGAGAAUGAGUUUGUGCUGCUGAAGAAGGACGUGGAUGCUGCCUAUAUGAACAAGGUGGAGUUGGAGGCCAAGGUGGAUAGUCUGAAUGAUGAGAUCAGCUUUCUCAAGACCCUUAAUGAGACGGAGUUAGCAGAGCUGCAGUCUCAGAUCUCAGACACGUCUGUGGUGCUGUCCAUGGACAACAACCGCUCCCUGGACUUGGAUGGAAUCAUUGCUGAGGUUAAGGCCCAGUAUGACGAGAUGGCUAACCAUAGCCGGGCUGAGGCUGAAGCCUGGUACCAGACCAAGUUUGAGACCCUCCAGGCCCAGGCCGGGAAGCAUGGGGAUGACCUCCGCAACACCCGGAAUGAGAUUGCGGAGAUGAACCGUACCAUCCAGAGGCUGCAGGCUGAGAUUGACACCAUGAAGAACCAGCGUGCCAAGUUGGAGGCCAGCAUUGCUGAGGCUGAGGAGCGUGGGGAGCUAGCACUCAAGGAUGCUCAUGCCAAGCAGGAGGAGCUGGAGGCCGCUCUGCAGCAGGCCAAACAGGAUAUGGCGCGGCAGCUGCGAGAGUACCAGGAGCUCAUGAAUGUCAAGCUGGCGCUGGACAUCGAGAUCGCCACCUACCGCAAGCUGCUGGAGGGCGAGGAGAGCCGGUUGUCUGGAGAUGGAAUGGGCCCUGUGAACAUCUCUGUAGUGAAUUCCACGGGCGGCAGUGGCAGCAGGCUCCUCUUCGGGGGAACCAUGGGCAGCAACGCUCUGAGCUUCUCAAGCAGUGGGGGACCCGGGGCGCUCAAGGCCUACAACAUCAGGACCACAUCGACCACCCGCAGGGGCCCCCACAACUGAGCUCAUAUCGCCAAGCUUGUGGGCUUGGAGAGUCCCUGUACCCCUUGGCCCACACACACGAGGACCCCUCCUGCAUCAUGUCCCUGUCCCGAGACCGGAAGAUGGCUUGAAACUCCUGCUGGUUUUAAUAAAGUUCCUCUCUGGGUGAGCGUCA